AGGCCGAGCUAGGCAGAAGCCGAAGGGCGCGGCUGGAUCCCGUUGCCGCCGGGACCCAGAGAACAACAGCGAGACUGUAUGCGUUACUUAAUUGGAAGCCACUGGGUUAAGCAGAGGGCGGUCAUCCGAUCAAGUUUUAGGGAAGAUCUCGGUGGUGGUGUGAAUCUGAGGGUGAUAACCGGGAAGAAGGAAUGAUAGUUUCCUAUUCUAACUAUCAACCUGAACCGUUUUCCCCCCUUCCUACCAGCUGGCGCAUUUACUGGGCAGUUAGGGGCUAUUCGUGCAACACCCUAAACCCGCACUAAGUACGGCGGCAGAUGGAGCGGCAGCCACGCAGGAAGGAACGUGGGCCGGGCCAGGUCGGGGCCGGGGUGGGGCGGCAGACCAGGUAAAAGGCGAGUCGGCGGAGGACGUGCAUUCACUGAUUUUUAUUUUUACUGGAGCGGAUCCUAUACAAAGACACCGACCGUUUAUUUUGACUGCUCUCCUGCCACAUUCUGGCUUCCGCCCCCGCACUCACGGCUACAUGACCCCGCCCCGGAACCUUGUGUCACCGGAACUAGAUGACGAAGUGCUUACGUUACACCGGCCGCAAUUCUCAGGGGACGCUUCCGGCGAGGGAACAUGGCCGCCCCUGUGGGCGACUCACGUGUGAGUACGGGGAAAAAGCCGAAAAUUUCACUAAAGAAGAAGAAGAAGGUGAAAAUGGUAGCCAGGACUGUAGCAUCUGAGUUGGGAGAUGAGGACCGAGACGCUGCUGACAGUGGAGCUCCUGUAAGAUGCUGUGGAUCAGAAGAGGAUCACUUUUCUUCUUCUGAUGAAGCAGUAGAAGCUGACAAUGAAGAUGAAAAUGCUGCAGGAGCUGCUGUUGGGACUAACGUGGGCUGGGCAGAUGCCAUGGCUAAAGUCCUUAGCAAGAAAACCCCCAAAAGUAAAUCUACUAUUCUGGUCAAGAACAAAGAGCUGGAAAAGGAAAAAGAAAAGCUAAAGCAAGAAAGGCUAGAGAAAAGAAAGCAGCGUGAUAAGAAGCGAGAAUGGGAAAUGAUGUGCAGAGUAAAGCCAGAUGUUGUCAAAGACAAAGAAACAGAGAGGAAUCUUCAGAGAAUUGCAACAAGGGGUGUCGUGCAGUUAUUUAAUGCUGUUCAGAAGCAUCAGAAGAAUGUUGAUGAAAAGGUUAAGGAGGCUGGAGGCUCUAUUAGAAAGCGUGCUAAGUUGGUAUCAACUGUUUCCAAGAAAGAUUUCAUCAGUGUCCUGAGAGGGAUGGAUGGAAGUACAAAUGAGAAAAGUUCAACAGGAAAGAAUUCAAAAGCCAAACAGAAGAAACAGGGCUGCCUAAUGAAUGGCCGUGUCACGUACCCAGACCGGGAAGAUGAGGAGGCGGCUCACACGUCUGGGAUCCCCUGGGUCUCGCAUCCUUUUCUUUGGAUGUGUAGCAGCACAUGGAAAUUAAUACAAUUUAAAAUAUCAUUUCUCAAAACUUCUAAGGAAGUAAGAUAAAGUCAUACCAUAGUAAAACUUCUCAGAAAUAUGAAACUCAUUAAAUUCAUUUGGAACAUUCUUUGUAAAUUCAU